AUGCCGUUUCUCUCGAAAAACUCGCUCGCUUCAGUGGUCGAAUUGGCCGUAUCGGUUCGUUCUUCUCUUCUUGGCCGAGCCGCCCACGCCCAAAUUCUCAAAACCCUAAAAACCCCUUUUCCAGCUUUCCUCUACAACCACCUCGUGAACAUGUACGCUAAACUUGACCAUCUUAACUCGGCCAAACUCAUCCUUGAACUUGCCCCUUGCCGCUCCGUUGUUACUUGGACUGCCCUCAUUGCCGGUUCAGUCCAAAACGGCUGUUUUGUUUCCGCUCUGCUUCACUUCUCCGACAUGCUAAGUGACUGUGUUCGACCCAAUGACUUCACUUUCCCUUGCGUUCUCAAAGCCUCCACUGGCCUUCGCAUGGAUAUGACAGGCAAACAGCUACAUGCACUUGCGGUCAAAGAGGGAUUAAUAAACGAUGUCUUCGUCGGGUGCAGUGUCUUCGACAUGUACAGCAAAUUGGGGUUUCUUAAUGACGCAUACAAGCUGUUUGAUGAAAUGCCUCAAAGAAACCUCGAGACGUGGAAUGCGUAUAUAACCAAUUCUGUGCUCCAUGGACGACCUGAAGACUCUGCCAUUGCAUUUAUUGAGCUACUUCGGGUCGGUGAGAAGCCAGAUUCCAUAACAUUUUGUGCUUUUUUGAAUGCGUGUUCAGACAAACUAGGCUUGGGGCCUGGGUGUCAGCUUCAUGGGUUCGUUAUUCGAAGUGGGUAUGGACAGAAUGUCUCUGUUUCAAAUGGGUUGAUUGAUUUUUAUGGGAAAUGUGGGGAGGUUGAAUGUUCUGAGAUGGUUUUUGAUAGAAUGGGAGAGCGGAACAGCGUAUCUUGGUCCUCUUUGAUAGCUGCUUACGUUCAAAACAACGAGGAAGAGAAGGCUUCCUGCUUAUUCUUGCGAGCAAGGAAAGAAGAUAUCGAACCAACUGAUUUUAUGGUAUCAAGUGUGCUUUGUGCCUGCGCUGGUCUUUCAGAAAUCGAGUUUGGAAGGUCAGUUCAAGCACUAGCCGUCAAGGCUUGUGUAGAGCAGAACAUCUUUGUUGCAAGUGCACUGGUUGACAUGUAUGGAAAAUGUGGCAGUAUUGAUAACGCUGUGCAAGCCUUCAACGCGAUGCCAGAGAGGAACUUGGUGUCUUGGAAUGCAUUGUUGGGCGGAUAUGCGCACCAAGGACAUGCAAACAAGGCUGUGGCAUUGCUCGAGGAGAUGACAUCGGCGGCAGGCAUUGUGCCAAGCUAUGUUAGUUUGAUCUGUGCACUAUCAGCUUGCAGUAGAGCAGGAGAUUUGAAGACGGGGAUGAAAAUUUUUGAGUCCAUGAAAGAAAGGUACGGUGUGGAACCAGGGCCAGAGCAUUAUGCUUGCUUGGUAGAUUUGCUUGGACGUGCUGGAAUGGUGGAAUGUGCUUAUGAUUUUAUAAAGAGGAUGCCAUUUCCUCCUACAAUCUCAAUCUGGGGUGCUCUGUUGGGGGCUUGCCGAAUGCAUGGGAAGCCAGAGUUGGGGAAGUUGGCCGCUGAGAAGCUGUUUGAACUCGAUCCAAAAGACUCCGGAAAUCACGUUGUUCUGUCUAAUAUGUUUGCUGCAACCGGAAGGUGGGAAGAAGCGACUGUCGUACGAAAUGAGAUGAAAGAGGUAGGGAUCAAAAAAGGAGCUGGGUUCAGUUGGAUAACAGUAGACAGUAGAAUUCAUAUAUUUCAAGCGAAAGACAAGAGCCAUGAGAAGGACCCUGAAAUUCAGAACAUGCUGGGAAAGCUGAGAAAGGAGAUGCAGGAUGCUGCUGGUUGCAUUGCAGACCCCAAUUAUGCUCUUUUCGAAGUGUCGAAUUAA